CCUCUGUGCGCGCAGAGAGCCGACGCUUGUUUGAUUCCCUUCCAACCUUUCCCGACCACACGAUAAGAUUGGCUGGCCAUAUCGCUCAGAUUGCUAAACCGAUUGGCCAACUCGGUCAUGACCAAUUGGAAGAUGAAUGUUUUUGGAUGGUGUUGGAUCCUGGCCCUUGUCCUCUGCAUGCCGAGUGAGGUUUUUGUGAAGGGGAGUCUGGAGGUGAAUGAGACCCAGCAGCAACAAACCACCCAAGGGAAGCCUAAAAUGGGGAGCGGCAACAACAUGAUAACCACUGCACAGUUUGAGUGCUAUCAAACAAUUAUGAAGGACAACAACACCAAAGUCAAAGGUUCCAAGUCCAUGUGUAACCGCACUUGGGACGGGUGGCUCUGUUGGGAGGAAACAAAAGCAGGCAUUAUCUCAGAGCAGAACUGCCCCAACUCUCACGAGGACUUUGAUACUUCAGAAAUGGCCGUGAAGAUCUGCUCUGACAAUGGCAGUUGGUUCAUCAAUCCCAAAAGCGGCGGGACGUGGUCAAACUACACCCGCUGCAAUGCACAUGCCGAACAUGGAAAGAAAACUGCAAUGAAUUUCAUGUACUUGGCGUACUUUGGACAUGGGCUGUCGAUUAUCUCCCUGAUAAUCUCGCUUGGAAUAUUCUUCUAUUUCAAGAGCUUGAGUUGCCAACGGAUCACCCUCCACAAAAACAUGUUCUUUUCCUUUGUUCUGAAUUCUGUUAUAACCAUCAUCUGGUUGAAGAAAAUAGCAUUCAACCAGGAGUUGGUGCUGAGGAACCCAACAAGUUGCAAGGUGGCCCAUUUAAUACACCUGUACCUGUUUGGGUGUAACUACUUCUGGAUGCUGUGUGAGGGAAUCUACCUGCACACGUUGAUCGUGGUGGCCGUGUUUGCCAGGAAGCAGCACCUGAUGUGGUACUAUCUCUUAGGAUGGGGCUUCCCGCUCAUUCCAGCUUUUAUCUACGCCAUUGCUCGAAACUACUACUACAAUGACAACUGUUGGAUCAGCGCUGACACCUCUCUUCUCCACAUCAUCCAUGGACCCAUCUGUGCUGCGCUCCUGGUGAACCUCUUCUUCCUGCUCCACAUCGUGCGGGUGCUCAUCACCAAGCUGAAGGUGAGCCACCAGGCAGAGUCCAGUCUGUACAUGAAGGCUGUGAGGGCCACCCUGAUCCUCAUCCCGCUCCUCGGCCUCCAGUUUUUACUGCUGUCCUACAAGCCCGCGGGACGCGUAGCCUCCGAGAUCUACGACUACAUCACGCAAAUCUUCAUGCACUACCAGGGCCUUCUGGUUUCCACAAUCUACUGCUUUUUUAAUAAACAGGUGCAAGGGGUUAUACGGCGACGCUGGCAGCGCUAUCGCAUUCAGUCUGACGGCGGGCUGGGCUCCCAGUCCUUCGGCAUGCAGUCGGCCACCUGCACAACCACAACAUAGGUGCAGGGCCACAAAAGCAUCAACGGCAACUCAGAACACAUCAGGGCAAAGGAUUCCACGACCUUGAGACUUCAAUCUUGAAAGCCGAUAACAAUUUACUCCUGAACCAAUGGGGGAUCUCUCUUCUCAAAGGCCCCAAAGCACAGGAGCCUUCAAUGCCCGUCCACUCCACCCCUCCAUUGAUAACUCCUGGGCAGGUUGCUGCCUUUGGAGGUUCCUGCUGUCACUGAUUUCGUCUAGGCCCCCUGCACAGUCCUAGGGCCACUGCAUGGUUCUAGAGGUCCUGCACAUUCCUAGGGCCACUGCAUGGUUCUAUUGCUGCAUUUCCACCGGCGGUUGCACUUCGGCCCAGCACGCCUUGGCCUAGUAGUGAAGGUGUGGUUUAGCCCAGCUCAGUUACUGCUCACGUUUCCACCGCCGUCAGUACUCUUAUAGUAGGGCGGGGUGUAAGCCUGAGGCAAUAGCCGCGGCAGCUAUGUAAGCAUCGUGACCUCAUAGCAGCCUGACACAGUGUAGCCUGUUAAUAAAUCCAAAAAGAAGAACACACACACACACAAUAAACAAAGAACAACAAUGUAGGACGUCCAAGAAGGACAUCAAACUUUUGCGCGACAUUUUCUUCAAUAAGCGAAGCUUUCGUUGUUGUCCAGCAAUACCUUGUGGGUACUGUGUUGCACGGAAGUGACGAUUCUAUUGACCAAUCAACGGACGGCGUGUGUAGAUCAAACUUGUUGGCACCCUUUCAGACAUCUCAGUUCCCCAACAGAGGAGUACUGAGAGAUGAGUACGGCUCAUCAUGGCUCAGUCCGGACCCCGCCCACUUUUGGCGGUGGAAAUGCGAACAUUGCCGCACCUUUGCAUACCGUACCGACCUGCACCCGCCGGUGGAAACGCGCCAGAUGGCCACUGAAUGGUUCUAGGGGCCCUGCAAAGUCCUAGGGCCAUUGCACAGUCCUAGGGCCACUGCACAGUCCUAGGGCCACUGCACAGUCCUAGGGCCACUGCACAGUCCUAGGGCCACUCCAUGGUUCUAGGGUUAUGAGUGGUUGUAAGGCCGUUGCACAGUUCUACGGCCAAUGAGGGGUUCUAGGGCCGCUGCAUGGUUCUAGAGCCGCUGCACAGUUCACAGCCACUGCAGAUUUCUAGGGCCAUUUGAUGGGAGGGGACCUAUUAUGCUUUUCGACUUUUAUGACCUAUAAACGUUGUUAUAAUGAUUGAUAGUCAUGUUUAACCAUACACAAAAAAACGAUGUAGAUUUUCGGGAAACUCUUCCUCUCAUCUGGGCGCUUUCAGCCUUCUCUUUCAACGCUUCUCCGCCCCCUCGCCCCCCUCCUGCCAACCCAACUCCGUUGUGAUUGGUUACCUUCCUUGAAGCUUGCGCGCGGGCAGAUUUGACCAGGCAUAUGGGGGCGCGGCAGGAGUGCCUCUACGUAGAGGAUUUCCCGGAAAUGUGAACAAGUGAAUCGCAAACGUUGUCCCGAGUGCUUAGUGCUCUGCACAGCCACCCCAGACUGUCAGCAGGGAAUACGUCGAAAUGCAUGUACGUCAUUAUUUAACACUUUAGUAUGGUUAAACAUGACUAUCAAUCAUUAUAACAACAUUUAUAGGUCAUAAAAGUCGAAAAAAUAACAAUAGGACCCCUUUGAGGUUCCUAGGGCCAUCAAAUGGUUCCUAGGUCCAUUGUAAUCCCCCCCCCCCCCACUACUUCCACAACCAUAACUCAACACCUACAGACUCAACUUGUGUCAUGCAGGAUUUUCGGAUAAUGGAUGACCGUCGUGUUGAAUAGUUGGAGACAUUGGUAUCAGAAACAAUGGUGUUUUUAUGCAUGGUUUUAUGGAUGGUAAGACCAUUCAAGAUUUUAUGUCUAGCAUUUGUCACGUACAUGGCUGCAUUGUGUUAAGUAUGCGUUUAAUGGUUAAAGAUGUAGAAUUUAUUUAAAAAAAUCUGUGAAACCAUGUGGGAAAUUCCAAUUGAUAUUAUAUAUGGCUCCAAAUGUUCUAGGACAACAACAAUGUGUUCAUGCAGAUGUAUUAUGUAUAAAUGUGUAAAUAGGGUAAUGGGUCAUUUCUCACAAUAUCUAAUGGAUCAGCCUAAUUUAGAUCCUGAACCAACCAUUUUUUUUAAUAAUUUUUUACGUGUUUGUUGCAAAGAUAAGGUGGGUUAGAGUUGGCUUGUAUUUUAGAGAGGGGUUGGGGGGUUUGUUUCAAAUGAAAGGGGGCGGACCGUUAAUGGAACCUUGAUUCAAUUGUAGUUUGCUAACGUCCUGUGUCAAUCGUCCUCCCUCUGUUUAUUUGUUCUAUUUGACUGGCAUACAAUUACUCGGGAGAGAGGGACUCUGUAAAGCGGUGUUUUAAACUGAAAUGCACUAUCACAGCAGUAUCAUACUAAAUGGUUUCUGAGGCACUUACUCUUAGUAUUCAAUUAUUUACAGCAGCUUUGAGGAUGGGGCGGGGGGUUUCUUUCACGACUUAUGACGAACCCUGAAGGUUAUUUUAACGAGUAAUCCAACCUUUUCCCACAGAAGUAUUUCCCUAGUAAAGGUCUACUGGCUAACAAUAUCCUGACAUCUUUUCAGUUACGUUUAGUGGCGAGGCUACGUUUGGCUCAACCCAAUUUUGUCUGAUAGGAUGCGUACUUUUGGUUUUGCAUGUUUUAUUUUCUAUUUUUUUCCUCAACAGAGACCAUAUGGAUUUCAUUUUAGUUUUGCCACGGAAUGAGUUAGCUAUGCGGCUAAUAUUAAAAGGUUGCAUUUCUCCCUCUUUAGCCACAUAGAUGACUUUCAGAAUUACAGCAUAUAAAUGCAAAGCUGAUGAAGUCAGACAUGUUCAAUGCAGCUUUUUGUUCUUCUUAAUGUGUUUUUGAUUAUUUUACUUAUUUUACAAACGUUUCUUACCUUUCCAUCAUUAAUUAUUUUAUGAAUUGUUAGAAAGUUUUCAUGAAACAUUAUUAGACGUGUUUAAUGUACAUCAUAACCAUUUUCUAAGAACAUGUUUGUUAAUAUGAACAAAUUACCAAAUGUAGUAUUUUUUCAACUUUUUAGUUGGCUUUACUUAUUUUAGAUGGCUUUGGAAAGGUUGACUCUCUGAAUGUACAUGAUGGUGUUGUAUUAUAUACGUUAUUAUAUUAUAUACGAAAAAAACAGCAUGUUUACCUGAUUAAACUAAUACAGCAUAGCAAAGCCUGACCAAAGUUGUGCCUUUUCUGUCAUGCAUUUUAUUGUUGUCUCAAUACUAAACUCCUGUAAAUGUAUACAUAACAUACUACGACAAACACACUAUAGCUAGUUGGUUUACACUUGUGCAAAACCUUCAGCGAUUAUCAGUUCGGUCUUAGUUGAUUCCGAGUUUGUUAGACGACCAGAAAUAAAACCUGGACCAACUGGCCUACUUUGAAUGAUCACAAAUCAAAUAGGUGGUUUGAACAUUUAGGCAAGUUCUUAAUAUAUUUCAGGCCUAGUGCUAUUCAUCCGGUGCUGAAUAUAACUGGCUCUAUUGUAUGGGACAGAUCAAGAUAAAUAACAUCGCUGCCUGUUAUUUUCAUGUUUACUAAAUAACCAACACGUUAUUAUAAGUGUGUAUAGCUUUUUGAACUCUUAUUGUCUUGUUUGAACAUUAAACAUUUUCAUGAAUGAAAACCAAACAAAUAUCAGAAUACUGAAUUGAAAUUGAAAUACCUUCCUAAUGAUUGAAUAUCCGGGUAUUCAGAUAUUGGGGCUGAGGCCUAUGGAGCGGUUGACUAGUGUUCCCUCCAGGAUAUGUUGAGGAGAGGAAGAUGAUAACGUGUUCUGUUCAGAAGGCCGAGGACCUCAAGGGUAACAGCUCAGGCUUCCCCUCAUGUUUAGCCAUGCAUGUUUAGCCAAUGCAUGCACAAACAACACACCCUCAAAUGAAUACAUGCACAAACAACACACAUUCAUGCAAAAAACACCACACAUGCCCACAAAUGCAUGCAUGCAUGCAUACAGACAAUUAAUUUAAUGUGUUUGGAAGUGUGUGCAAUGCCUUGUGUGUGGAAGGCAUUGCAACUCAUUUCAGACUGAUUGAACUAUUAAUAAAUCAUUGUUUCGUAGAAAUGUAGUAGAAAUGUAUAAUUCAUGCAGUAACUGGAGUGGAGUAAUUGAUCCAUUGUAGCUGGUGGAAAGCAAGUUAAUUGGAUUCAAAAUAAACCAAAAAAUCGUUUAUGACUGUAUCAUCACUUUAGCAAUAUGCUCUGCUACUACAUUUUUAUAUCCUUUGAGAAACUACAAGUCUUUGCUGUGAUUCCCCCUUACAAGCUAAAUCAAGUAGCACUACAAUCAAUUAUUUAGCCAAAUCACUUUUAUGCAUUGGCCAUUAUUUCACAUCAAUAUAUUACAUUGCAAUUGCUCUCCUUAUUAACCCCCAUUGGAAAUUGGUUUAGAGUGCACCACUUUUGUUUAGUUACUCUAUAUUUUGAAGCUAUUAAAUUCUAUAAACUCUAUAAAUUAAUACCUUGUGAAGACAAUUGCUAAUC